AUGGCCAUCAGCAAAUCCUGCCGGCUGUCCCCGCCGCGUCCCGCAGUCCUUGCCCCCACCCGCUGCGGGGCGGCCGGCCCUGCGGAGCUGCCGCGUCCCGGUCCUCCCCAGGUGCGAGUUCGCGUCCCAGGCGCGCCGCGAGGGCGGGGGGUGGCCACGGCUACAAGGCCCUCCCCCGCCCCCUCCCCAGUGCCCCCUCCUUCCCCGGUGACCCGCGGCCGCGGAGGACGGGGCUGCGGGGCGCGACAGCCGCUCGCCCGCUCUUUGGAGGAGCUCCGCUCGCCGGGGGACAGGGGCGAGGCCCAGUUCACCAGCGCAGAGACUGAAAAAGCAAGAACUAACGUGGAGCCCGUACGCGGACCUAGUCCCCGCAGUCGCCUGCCGCGCUGUGCUGUGACCGCCGCGUCUGCGGCCGCGCCCGCGCGACCUUGGGGUAUUGUACCCUCCUCUCCCGGGUGCCGGUCGUGCCUCUUCCCCCGAGGGCAGGACCGGGGCGGUGGAAAGAGGGUUCGGUCCCGGGCGCAGCUCCGUCUCCUCCUCUGGUGGCUGCUACCUGCGACCUUGGGCCGGCCGCCGGGUCCUGCAAACGGGGAGAGGACCCAGCCUCAGGGCGCCGUGGGUCCCGUGAGCGUUCAGGAACGCAGGAGGGUGCACGCGCUGUUCUUCAGAGGACCUGAAGCCGGGGCCGCCUUGCGUGUGGCCUGGUGCGCGCACUGCACUGAGAGCAGAGCGGAGAAGCGGCGACGGAGGGGCCGGGGAGCCGCGCUGGCUAGUCCCCGUGCGGGCCAGCAGGUGUCCCCAGGCCGCGCCGCCUCCCCGAGAGCGGUCCGUCGGAGCGCGCGGCUGGAGACCCUGGGGCUGGAAGCAGGGACGAGGGUAUUUGAAAAGGAAGUGCUGGUCAUCAGGAUGCUGAGGCAGGUGGCGGGCCACAUGGCCCACAGCCCAGCCUGUGGCUGCCGGACGUCUGUCCUACUGGCCCGGUUUCUGGGCAUCUUCCCUCGGCAAAUUCCAGCAGACGCCAACUUCCACUCUGCCUCCUUCUCUGACACAGACCAUCCACGAAUCCUAAUUACAGGGGGUCUUGGCCAGCUGGGAGUGGGGCUUGCUAAACUUUUGAGGAAACGAUUUGGGAAGGACAAUGUGAUCUUGUCCGACAUAAGGAAACCACCUGAUCAUGUCUUUGACAGUGGCCCGUUUAUUUAUUCUGACAUCCUGGAUGACAAGAGUCUCCGCGAGGUCGUGGUGAACAACCGUGUCACCUGGCUGUUUCACUACAGCGCUCUGCUCAGCGCGGUCGGGGAAGCAAACGUGCCCUUGGCGAGGGCUGUGAAUAUAACGGGGUUGCAUAACAUUCUGGACGUUGCAGCAGAACACAACGUGCGACUGUUUGUGCCGAGCACCAUCGGGGCUUUUGGACCUACUUCUCCCCGGAACCCAACCCCUGAUCUCUGUAUUCAGAGACCCAGAACCAUCUAUGGGGUGUCUAAGGUCCAUGCGGAGCUCAUGGGAGAAUAUUAUUAUUACCGGUAUGGGUUAGAUUUCCGAUGCCUGAGAUAUCCGGGAAUCAUUUCAGCGGACUCCCGACCCGGAGGAGGAACGACUGACUAUGCCAUCCAGAUUUUCCACGAUGCAGCCAGGAAUGGCAGGUUCGAGUGCACCCUGAGAGCUGGCACGCGGCUUCCGAUGAUGUACAUCGACGACUGCCUCAGGGCCACCCUGGAGGUGAUGGAGGCCCCUGCGGAGUCUCUGUCCAUGAGGACGUACAAUGUCAACGCCAUGAGCUUCACCCCUGAGGAGCUGGCCCAGGAAGUAGUUAAGCACGUGCCGGGAUUCCAGAUCACGUACAAUGUGGAUUCUGUUCGACAGGCCAUAGCGGAUAGUUGGCCAAUGAGCUUUGACGACAGCAAUGCCCGGAAGGAUUGGGGAUGGAAACACAAUUUUGACCUUCCAGAGUUGGUGACAACCAUGUUGAGCUUCCAUGGCUCCAACACCAGAGUUGCCCGAGCCAACUGA